GAAAUUUACGACUGCGACGACUGCGACGACAUCACCGCGCAAUUGCACACCCCCGCGCAUCGACCCAGCCGCACACCCGCCGCCGCGCACCCGAGCACCCCGUCCAAUACCCCGCUAUCCCACGCAGCCCGCGAGGGCACCGCCACCGCACCAUGUCGCUCGUCAACCUCGCCCACGUGUGCUCGCACCUGCAAAACGCCUCCAAAGCGCGCCUGGGGCUGACCUCCAUCCCCGUGUCGAAAAUGCACGUAAACCUCGUCCUGGGGCUGCAGCGCGAAGGCUUCCUAUCCUCCGUAACACUGGGCGGCGUCACGCCCCCACGGCCCUUCCACCUAGAAACGCUCCCCACGCCGGAAGCCAACGAGGCGCUGGCGCAGACCCUCGCCGCCGACCCAUCAGCCGCGUACGCCGUGCACUCGCCCGCCGCAACACGGAUCGCGCUAGGACCCUCCGCCGGCGCCCUUGCACCCGCACCCGCCGGCGUGCCGUCGAACCCCGCGCGCCGCCGCCUCUGGCUCGGGCUCAAGUACUGGAACAACGCGCCGGUGCUCACGCACAUGCAGCUGAUUUCCAAGCCCACGCGGCGCAUCUGGCUGACCGCCGCGGACCUGAAUAAGAUCACGCGCACGCGCGAGUCGAGCUAUGUCAAGGGGCUGACGCACCCGGGCGAGUGCAUGUUCCUGACGACCGAUCGGGGGAUUCUGGAGGCCAGGGAGUGUGUGGAGAGGCAGUUGGGGGGGAUGGCGCUGUGUCGGGUGUGGUAGGCUUCGAUAUGGUUCGAGGGAUAUCAAUGAGAGGCAGUUGGGGGGAUGGCAUGACCCAGACGACGAGACAGCGGGGUUUGGGGUGUAUCACAUCUUGUAUCAAUAUGACGGUGGCGGAUGUAUAGCGGUGUAUGUGGUGGUCAACAGUACCGGCAUGUGUAGAAAUAUGACACGUUCACACUUCAGCCCGG